UAUGCCAAGGGUGUGGCCCUAAAAAGACAAAAAAAAAAAAAAAAUCAAGAAUACUAUCAAGCUUCAGACUUAUGGGAUCUGAAGCAUCUUCCUUUUAGUUCCCUUUAGUAAAUACAUGUUUUGAGGUAGGAUGAACUGAAAUCAUCUGGGGUGGUUUUUUAGGUAUACCUAGUCCCUGAAACAGAGAUGUUCCCCUGCUAAGUUAAAAUGAAUUUUCACUUGGAAUCUGAGUUUAAUAAUUCUAAAAUUCCAAGACAAAAUUAGUCAAUUAUUGUCUUAGGCAAAGUUCUGCUUAUAGUUAGACUAUUUCAGGAAGGGCAAAUAAAAUACAAAUCGGUUAGCAAAAACAUAUAGAGUACUAUAAGCAAAGAAUUCUAUGAAGCAAAGAUUUGCUAAAAUUAACCCCUUAUUCUGAUGAGUCAAUAUUAAUAAGUUUAUAAUCCAGUUGAAGAACAAAAAUAUAAUACAAAUAUUGGGAAGAGUACAAGAUAAUAAAUGAUAAAUACCAAUAGAUUUAGCUAAAUAAGAUGAAAUUAAAUUGAACUUAAAUAUAUUGAUUCAGUGAUGAAUAUCAUAGACAUAAUACUGAGUGAGAGAAGCAAGAUGCAAAUAGUACACACUGCAUGAUUCUAUUUACGCCAAGAUCAAGAACAAACAAAAGUAGUUAUGGUAAUAGAAGUCAGAACAAUGGCAACUGUAGGAGAGGACAAUCAUGAGGACGAGGCAUUGGGAGGGUUUCUGGGUUGGUGGUAAUGAUGCCUCAGUUGAUCUUGGAAGUGGUCACGUAAGUAUACAUAGAUGCCAGGCUUCAUUGAGCUGUAUUCAAUGCUUUGUGCACUCUACUGAUUGCGUAUUAAAUGUCAACUAAAAAUGAUUUCAAAAUUCUAAAUUUAGAAAGUCAAGGUCUCACAAGAGAAUUCUGCUCCUGCAGACCACAAUGCCAAUUUUCCAUAACACCACUUUGCCCACCUUCCUCUUGACUGGAGUUCCUGGGCUUGAAUGGGCCCAUGCCUGGAUCUCCAUCCCCUUCUGCUGCCUCUAUUUAACUGCCCUUUCUGGAAAUACCUUAAUCCUCUUCAUCGUCCUCACUGAGCCAAGCCUCCAUGAGCCCAUGUACUAUUUCCUCUCCAUGUUGUCCACCACGGACAUUGGCUUAUGCCUCUCAACGCUGGCGACCGUACUGGGAAUAUUUUGGGUCAAUGCCCGGGAGAUCAGCUUCAAUGCUUGCGUAUCGCAGAUGUUCUUCAUUCACCUCUUCACUUUCAUGGAAUCUUCGGUGCUCCUGGCUAUGGCCUUUGAUCGUUUUGUGGCCAUCUCUCACCCCCUGAGAUAUGCCACCGUUCUAACGCACACAAGGAUUGCACAGAUUGGUUUGGCAGUCGUCACCAGGGGCACAGUCAUUCUGACACCACUAGUCCUGCUUCUUAAGCGUCUGUCCUUCUGCCGCAGUCGUGUGCUCCAUCACUCCUACUGCUUCCACCCUGAUGUGAUGAAGCUCUCGUGUUCAGAUACAAAGGUCAAUAGCGCAUUUGGACUAACUGCCAUUAUCUCUACUGCUGGAGUGGACUCCGUCUUUAUCCUGCUUUCCUAUGCCUUGAUUAUUCGCUCAGUUCUCAACAUUGCAUCCCCGGAGGAGAGGAAAAAGGCCUUUAGCACCUGCGUUUCUCAUAUCACUGCUGUGGCCAUAUUCUACAUCCCCUUGAUCAGCCUGUCUUUUGUCCACAGGUUUGGAAAACAAGCUCCAUCCUAUGUGCCUACACUCAUUGCUAACAUGUACUUGCUCAUUCCUCCUGUGAUGAAUCCCAUCAUCUAUAGUGUGAAAACAAAGCAGAUUCAAAAAGCUAUGCUCAAACUUGUGUGUUCCAAGAGAACUCAUAUCUAACACUCCCGCCCCCCAAAGACCUAUUUCCAAGUCAGUGAAAAUUGACCACAAAUUAGAGUUGGAGACCAAUGCAGUUUUACAGUUGGAUGUAACUAGGUACUAUCCAAUUCAAACAUCUCCAAAUCAAGUUAAUCCCACCUAAGACAAGCUUAUCUUUUCUACCACCAAAAUAUAAUUCAUAGUCUCACUCUCUGUCACUUAUCCUAUUCCUACAGAUGACUAAUGAAACUCCUGUCUCGAUGCUAUUUCUUCCCAACACCUCCUAUCAUUCACUUUGAAUUACUUUUCCAAAUAGCCAGCUCAAAUAAAAAUUUAAAACAAACCAACAGACCUCUCUUUCAUGGGUAUUAUUCCUCAUACACCACCUAAAUGAAGCAAAAACUCCUGUCUAUGAUGAAGUCCUUCGCAAUUCAGGUUCAAUUUUCCUUUAAAGUUUAAUCUACCCCUUUCUCUCUUUCCAUGUUCUACAAGUAUGAGAAAAUCAGUCUGCUAACUCUUCUACUGUGUACAUGCAACUUCUCUAACUGGGUGCUUUACUACGAAUUCCACUUCAACCCUGACAUCCAUCGUUCCAAUUUGAAACUCUACUUAUGUGUCAAGGCUCGUCUUUAAAUACCUUCAUUAAAUUUCUCAUGAUUACAACAAUGACAUCUGAUCUUUCUAUAAUUCGAUUUUCCCAAUGCUUUGUCUGUAUCUUUUGAAUACAGCCAAAGAAGUAUUUUUGGCUCUACAUUUGUAUAUAACUAUUGUAACUUCCACAAGGCUGUAGCAUAACAUAAGAAAUUUCUCUUAUAACUGAUGCUAGUUUUCCUUCCUGUGUUAUCUAGUAAUUGAUCAUAGUUCUGAUUUUCCAAAUCAUAUAGGGAAAGAGCUAUUUUGGAACCUGAGAUUGUAGUCUUAGCAAUUUAUCCCAGUUGGCAUCAGGCACAAUUUGACUAAGAAAAAUUUAAGUCAUUUCUCUUCUGGAACAGGAAGGUUUCCUAGAACUACUGCUAUUUUGUAAGUUUUUUUCUUAAUUUAUGAAUGCAGAAGACAAAAACUUAUAAACUGUCUUCAAAUGUUCACUCAGCUUUUGCUCCUUCAUGCAGUAAAUCUGUAUUUCUUAUCUAUUAUAACACCAAAUAUCUCUUCAUAUCCAUCUAUAAUACUAAAAGUCUUUUCAACUAAAUCAUGAUUUCCUUAUAGGUUUCUAGGUGUCCAAUGCUUUCUCUCCUUUCUGUUUUUCAUCAAAUGAUCAGAAAAAAAAAGAUUAAAAGGAUUUUGAAUUAAAUUUAAUUGUAUAAGAAAUAUUAGAUACCUUCUCACUAACAAAAGACUUUAUAGAAAUAGCCAAAGUCCUCCUUGAUAUAUUCCUUCAAGUCUAGUCUUUCCACCUUCUGUGUGAACCUGAUUUUUAUUUUUACUUUUUAAUGAAUUUCUAUUCAUAGAUAUGAAUAAAAUAAAAAUUAAAGCAAAUAUCUUUAUCAUUUGUAUUUCAGACAGAAAUGCAAUUUUCUAGGGACAUUUGACUUUUAUUUCGAGAACUACAUGAAACAAAGUAGAGAAACCUGCUCAUUGCUCAGAAUUCCUACCUAUCUCUCUCUUCCUUCAGCUCUUUUAUUCAACACCUUCCUGGGUAUUAGCCCCAACUGGUUUCAAACCCCAUUGUCUAUUCCUCUACAAAUCUUUGAUCUCUAUGUGGUACGCUAGCUUUGGAUCGCUAAUUUUAUAGACAUAGAAAUGCUUUGAAACACUCUUAACAUUUACUUACCUAGGCUCAACUCACACCUACCAUAGUGUCAAAAUACUCUGCCACAAUUAUUCUAGCUCAUUGCCACCCCAGCGCCCUAGAUUUAGCCUGAUUUGUCCCGCCUGACUUCACACACUCACUUCUUCACAGAAGAUGAUAAGACAGUGGCACAUUGCACCAUAUGAGGCAGCAUCAGCUCUGAGUCCUACAGACUUGAAAAUAAAAAGGAUAAAACCAGGGCCAUGACCAUCCCAAAUUAUACCCUUAUUAUUUUUUCAACAACAACAUGUAUCUAGUACCUAUAAUGAAACAGGUUUUAGGGCUGAUAUUGAGACUAUAAAUAUCAACAAGAUCAGCUUCUUGCUGUAAGUGAGCCUAUUGCUUAGUAAGGAAUAUAAUGCAAAAAUGUACUUGCAUUAAAAUGUUUAUUACAGAUGUACCCACUUUCAAGAAAACUUAGUAAAGGGCACUAAUGUUGAAUAGUUCAAAUUGCAAAGAACUUAUAAUGGUAAUUCUGCUUUAUUACAACAAUGGUAUGAAGUCACAAAUCACCUGACAUAGAAAUAGAUACAAAGAGGCAAAGCCAAACUGAUAAGAGCAAGUUAAAAAUGAGAAAUAAGGAUUUCUCUUGUGGAACAGUGGGUUAAGGA